CUUGGGUCUAGGAAAAAAAAAACAUUGGAGAGUUAAUUUAGUUUCCUCACCCCACCACCCAAAAAAAAAAAAAACAAAAAAAAAAAAAAAAACAAAAAAAAACCACCUUAAGUCAGUAAAUAGAAAUCCGCACCAUCGUCCUGCCCAAGCUCUGCCACUGAGGCAGGGAGACUGGACAGACGUGCCAUGCUGUGAAACCCAGCUCUCCCCUUCAGCACAGACAUUACAGCACGUUCUUUACCAGUCUGAGUGCCACUAGAAUUGACAAUGGUGGAUCUGGGCACAGCCACCUAUUAAAUCUCUACUCAUAACACAUUUGCAAAAGCAGAACUUCGACUGUCUCUUUCAUGAGCUUGAAGUAUCCUGAAGAGGGUGAGUGUCCAAGAUGCACAGUUCUGUUCCUUCAGCAUUACGGUAUUUCCUUCUGUGUCAUAUACCUACAUGUUUGUUAUGGAAGUUCUUCAUAAUCACUGCCAUCACUUAAAAAAAUAAUUGAAGGUCAGGUAUUUAAAAAACAAUAAUAGCAUGGUUUUAAUAAACAGAGAUAGGUAAGAAGAAGCUUAACAGUGUUCCUUGAGGGCAUACAUAGUUCUGAAAUGAAUUCACAAACAUGAUGAAAUUACCUUCUGCUUCUUCUUUGGGAAAGCUAAUAUAAGUUAUUUUCGUGGAAUAUGAACAUAUACAGUACAAUUUUUAAAGAUGCAGGAAUCCAGGUAGACAGGCAGUGAUCAAUUCACUUUUCAGUGAUUCACAGAUUUAUUUCACUAAGUGACAGUUUUCACUUUUCUCUUAUAUGGAAAGAAAUACCCUUGUGUAAUUACAAAAUGCUGCAUUGGGUUUCUCCCUGAACAGCUAGCCAAGCAAAUUAGUUAACAAACAAAUAAAAUUCUUACACUUCUAACUAUGCUUUGUUAGAGAUGAAAUACCUCUGCACAGAUGCCAGAAAUCCACAGUGAUUGUUUAUGCAACUUUAAAGACUCUUGAAAACACACAUAUCCAGAAUUAGCUUAAGACUAAAUAUUUUGCGUUGCCCAAGAGGUUGUGUUUUGGGGUUUUAUUUUUGUUUUCAAGAUCUUCCCUCCCUACAUUACCUCAGCAAUUCAGAGGUUUCAAGCUGCACCCGAGGAAUCUCAUCUUUCUUGCCUAGCCACCUACACACGGAUCUGCAUCUGGCCAGCCAAAACUCUCUUCAAAUUCCUGCUACUAAUUAGUUCUUGAGCUUCAGGUCACAUUUUGCACACCUCAUUAGUGCCUGUAAAACUCUUCUGCUUUUGAAUAACCGGUACUUGUACUGGUAUAAACACAGGAGCAAGAAUUCUCAUCCAUUUUGUAUGGGGCAGCCCCAAGUGCCAGUUAAGGACAAGGCUUCCUGGCUACAGCUGUUCUGGAACAUAACUUAGGAAAAAUUCCUCUGUGCUUUGUGUCUCAGAUCACACAUCUUGCAUAGGUAUCAACAAAAUUAUAAAUUGGAAAAAUGGUUCUAAUAAAUGUGUAAGCAGUCAGAUAAACCAAGAUGUGCUGGUGAAUCUCACACCCUUUUGCAUCAAAAGCAGCCAUGCAGCCCAGUUAAUCUGCUGAUGGGUACUGCUGCUUUCACAGACUUUCUUCACUCUGCCUGUUAAAUCAAGUAAUUAAUUGAUGCUUAAAAAAAAAAAAAAAAAAAAAGGUUUAUUUUCCUGAAGAUUUCUUUGGUUGUGUCAUCUACACAAAAUGAAUCAGGAUUAAUUUUAGGAGUUUCUUUGUACUUAAAGUCACUUGGGACUGCUGAAAAACAUCACAUUGAGCAUACAGUUUUAACCACACAAAUCUGCAGGCAUCACUCUCCUGUUUUGAUUGUUGCCUCUGUCCCUGUUGCUAUAGAAACAGAUCACACUGCCAAAAAUGGAAGGAUGAUAACCAUCUGGAAAAACUGGGAACACAGCUAAAGAUUAUUUUGAAAGCACUCUCACACAUUUAGCUAUUCCCUUUUUGUAAGAGACACAGAAGCAAUCAACGGAAAUGGAAGCAAUGCUUUACAUUUCAGGAGAAACCUCUAACAGCAUUUUCCCUCAAUUAUCCUUUCAAGUUUUCUAAUAUCUAUAUUGCCAAAACAAACCCCAUUACAACAAACACUUUCUGAUCCCUGGAAGUGGCGAAGUCCCUUUUACUCUAAAUUGUAUUCAGGGUUUCUGCUCCUUUUGCCUGUAGCCGUAUUCUGCAGGCCAUUCGGGGUUCUGCGUGUGCUUCCCCACAGGUCGGGCGGUAGCAGGGAGCUCGGCGGGCGCCCAGCCCGCAGCCCGUCCUGUCACUCACUGACGGUUCGGCACCGGACAACGGCCGGAGCUGGAGCAAAGCCAAAGCGGAAAAUGCCGUCCGUACCUUCCCACUCUUCCUCCCGCCUUGCAAAAGGCCCAGCUAUGGAUUGCCGGGCGCCGGCCCAGGCCGGGCAGGGUUGCGGCGAGCUCCGGCACAGCCACAGGGGUCGAUCCCGGGCCGGCGGCGCCGGGCGCUCGGCAGCAGCGAGGGCCGCGGCCGCGCUGCCCUGUGGCCGUGCCCGGCGGGGCCGGGCCGGGGCCCGCACAGCGCGGCAGGCCCGGGCCGAGCCGCCCUCGGGCGCGGGGCUGCCGGCGGAGCUGGGCCGGCGGUGCUGGAUGGCGCUGCGCUGCGAGCGGCUGCCGCAGGAGCCCGCCGGGCCAGCAGAGAGCAGCUCCUGUGACUCACUGCUGGCAGAAACCGAGGAGUCGCUGGUGAGCAGAGACACAGGUGGAGAUCCUCCAGCACCUUUUCUGGAUGGACAGCAAUACUAUGAACAGGGCUUGUACAAAGAAGCAUUAAAGCAAUUUCAAAAAAUCAAGAAUACAGAUUUUCAAGCAAUGUAUCAGCUUGGUGUAAUGUACUAUGAAGGACUUGGCACUAAAAAAGACCCUGAAAGGGGAGUGGAAUACAUGAAUAAAAUACUCAACUCUGAUUCUCCAGAAGCAAGACACUUGAAGUUUGCAGCUGCAUACAAUCUUGGCAGGGCGUAUUAUGAAGGAUGUGGUGUUAAACAUUCAGCUGAAGAGGCUGAAAGGUUGUGGCUUAAUGCUGCAGAUGCUGGAAAUCCAAAAGCAAGUGUAAAGGCCCAGAGUACUUUAGGAAUGUUUUAUUCUAUGCCAAUUCAAGAAGAUCUGAAGAAGGCCUUUUUCUGGCAUUCAGAAGCCUGUAACAAUGGAAGUCUGGAGUCACAGGGAGCACUUGGUGUCAUGUAUCUCCAUGGACAAGGUACACAUAAAAACACUAAAGCUGCUUUGGAGCAUUUGAGAAAAGCAGCAGAACUUGGAAACAUCUAUGCUCAAGGCCAUCUUGUGGAAUAUUACUACACUAGAAAAUUUUACUCAAAAGCUGCAGCACUAGCCAAAAGGGCUACAGAAAAUGAUGACAUCACCAUGCUAGCCAAGACAACCGAUUGUCAUCCAACAUAUGUAGCCCAAGGGGCUGCUAUUGCUGCUUUCUACUUGGCUAGGUGCCUCCAGCUUGGCCGAGGCACAGAGGAAGACCAGCAUGCUUCCAACAAGUACUAUUCUAAAGCAUGCCAUCUGCAUUCUGCUGUUGCUUCUCACCUUGAAUUGGCAGCUAAUCUUGGGAGAAUUUAAUGUUUCUUUUAACUGUGCCUGCUAUAUAAGUAUAUUUCCUACAAUAAACCAUCAUUAAUCUCCA